AUGUCUGAACAUCAAGCUCACGAGUUACUUUUACAAGCAGAGAAAAAAUUAAACAGUUGGACUUGGUUCAACAAGAAGAAUAAAAAUGAAGACGCUGCUGAAAUGUAUGAAAAGGCUGCCAACACUUUUAAAUUAGCUCAGAGAUGGAAAGAGGCUGGCGACGCUUAUUUAAAGGCAGCUGAACUGUACAAGACAUCACAAGAAUCGAAAUUUGAAUGUUCAAAGGCAUAUGAAAACGCAAGCAAAUGUCUAAAACGUGUUGACGCCCAAGCGGCUAUUGAUGCAUUGAAUAAAGCAAUCCUAGUUGAUAAAGAAGCUUGUAGUUUCAGAAAUGCAGCCAAGCAUCAUCAAGAGAUAGCCGAGAUUUAUGAAACGGAAAUUAUAGAUCUAAAGGGAGCACGAGAAAACUGGCAAGAGGCAGCAAAGCUAUACAUGGCAGAUGAUUCACGCCCUAUGAUCAACAAGUGUGUAUUAAAGGUAGCCCAUUUUGAUGCUCAAUUAGAAGAAUACAAUGCAGCCAUUGAGCAUUUUGAACAAGUGGCAACAGAUUCAAUAGAUAACCCACUAACAAAAUGGUCAAAUAAGGAAUGUUAUUUGAAAGCAGGUUUGUGCUCAUUGUGCACCAAUGAUAUUAUCAAGACACAUGAGUUAUUAGCCAAAUACUCUGCUGUAGAUUCUUCCUUUGAGACAACACGUGAAUAUCAAUUCCUAUCGGGUAUUCUUGAAUGCGUAGAGAAUAACGAUCAAGAACUAUUCACUCAGAAAGUACGCGAAUUUGAUUUACUUACAAAAUUGGAUAAUUGGAAGAUAAGCAUUCUAUUAAAGAUCAAAAAGACGAUGGAUUCAAACAAAUAA